AUGGAGUACACAAACCUCGGCUCCUCCGGUCUUAAGAUCUCAAAAGUCAUCUUCGGAUGCAUGUCCUUCGGGUCCUCGAAAUGGCAAGACUGGGUGCUGGACGAAGAAGCAGCUCUUCCUUUAUUGAAACAUGCAUAUGAUGUCGGUCUCAACACCUGGGACACCGCAGACGUCUACUCCCACGGCGAAUCCGAGCGCAUCAUAGCCAAAGCCCUCAAGCAGUACUCCAUCCCCCGGAACCGCAUCGUGCUGCUCAGCAAAUGCUAUUUCGGUGUCGCAGACGACGGCUCGCAGCCUGCCAUCUCCGCCAUCAGCAGCAACGAUGGGGAAAUGGUAAACCGAGUUGGCUUGUCCCGGAAACAUAUUUUGGAUGCUGUGGAUGCUAGUGUAGAACGAUUGGGGACAUACAUAGACGUCCUCCAAAUCCACCGUCUCGACCGGGAAACCAACCGCGAAGAAAUCAUGCGUGCUCUCAACGACGUGGUUGAGAGCGGGAAAGUGCGGUAUAUCGGCGCGAGCUCGAUGGCAGCGUGGGAGUUCCAGACGCUGCAGAAUAUUGCGGAUAGGAAAGGGUGGCAUAAGUUUAUCUCGAUGCAGAAUUAUUAUAAUUUGUUGUAUCGGGAGGAAGAGAAUGAGAUGAUUCCUUAUUGUAAUGAUUCGGGGGUUGGACUUAUUCCUUGGAGUCCAAUUGCGCGGGGAGCGCUUGCGAGACCGUUUAAUAAUCGUGAUACGCUUCGUGAGAAGUCUGACAAUUUUAUGAGCAAUCUCAUACGCAAGACAGAAACCGAAACCGAUCAUACGAUCGUUGACCGUGUGGAAGAGUUGUCUAAGAAACGCGGGGUUUCAAUGACAACCAUCGCUACGGCAUGGUGUCUGAGUAAGAAAGGUGUGAACCCAAUCGUCGGAUUAAGUAGUACGGACAGGAUUGAUUCUGCUGUUGCUGCUGUGAAAUGGGUUAAGGAGGGUGGGUUGACUGAGGAGGAGAUUAAGUAUCUGGAGGAGGGAUAUAGACCUAAGGUCAGAGCGGGCUAUUAG